AUGAAAAUCAUGAUUAUAUGAAGGCUUAGGAAAUAUUUUCAAGUAAAUAAAUAAAAGUGAGAAAAAAAUGUAAAGGAUUUAUGGUAUCAUUUUAUUGAAAUAAAAAAAAAAAGAAUUUAAAAGCGUGUCCCACUUUGUGCGCUAUUGUAAGAGGAACGAUUGAUUUGUAAAAUUAUAGCAAAGUUGUUAUUGUUGACAACAAAGAUUGCUAGACAUAUUGUAGUAUACUCAGUGGCAUUUUAAAAUAAACGGAGUUAAUGGUACAAAGAAAUAAUAGUUAAAAGACGGAAUUGUGAUGUUAUUAAUCUUUGCUUAGAAAGACGAACACAAGGCCGAAAAAGUUUUUUUAAGAAACACUUGUUAACCACUGAACACUGAUAAUAUGGCAGAACGCAUUGGCGGUGAUGGUGAAGAUACAACUGAUGAUAUUGGUCUGGAGUUUCAAAUGUUUAAAGAGAGACUGUCAAAGAGAUAUUCGAAUGGCACUGGGUCGGCUUCAAAUGUGCAAGAGAAAUCGGGCACCGGGCGCCGACGAUCAUCGGUUAUGAUCGAGUAUUUCCGGCAGAAUUACAUGGGAAUCGAGGUAGGAGAAAUAACAGAUCAACACCUAAAAGAUAUUCGGGACACUUUCAACCUGCUGGACACAGACCACGAUGGGAAACUGACCAAGUCCGAACUCGCAAAGCUUCUCAGAUACACCGGAAGUCUCAAAUCGGAAGCGGAAAUGGAGGAAAUCCUAGCGCCAAUUGAUACAGACCACAAUGGCUCUAUAGACUACGAUGAGUUUAAGAAAUAUAUCAUUGAAAAGGGCAUAUUGAAAUCGUUGGCUGACGAGGUUUGCUAUGAGAUGCAGGACGCCUUUAAUGUGUUUGAUAGAGACAAGAACGGAUAUAUCGAUAAGGAGGAGUUGAAAAGGGUGCUCACACAAGUUGGGGACAAAAUGCCGGAAGCAUUAGCCGACGAGUUCAUAAAGGAGGCGGAUUUAAAUGGUGAUGGCAAGAUAGAUUAUGCUGAAUUCUGCAAACACAUGGGCUACUAGACGCAAUGGAAAAAUAUGAAACAUUAACAUUAUUGCAAAAGAGGGUGGCGUACACAGAACAUGCGUUUCAAAUUUCCUUAUACUUACUACCAAAGAUGCACAUGUGCACAUCAAUGAAAAUUUACCCUGUGUAUGCAAUGUGGUUAAUUGUCAAGUAACACGACCACAAGUCUAAUACCACCAAGUCAUAUGUUUUAUGACGAUAAACGAUAAUGGAGUGCAUCAGCAACAGAUAAACGAAUAGCGGUGAAAACAAGAACAUUACUCUAAGCUUUUAUACAUAUUCACAAACAUCCUUGUCCUGUAGGCCUUUAAUGGUUUAUUGCUACUAGCAAUUUCAAUUAAAAAGGGGCUUAGAAAUGAUAGAAAGAAAACUUUAGGACGUCAAAUACGGUAAAUGGUUAAGGAUGUUUCCAUAAAAAUACUAAGCAGCAACACAAAUAUACCACCGGCUUUGAGGUAGUUUCUACCAGAUGAAGUAGGCAACCAAGUUAUGAAUCAACAAAGUUGUGACAUUUAAUAAUGACUUUUGUAAAUGGGAGUGGUAUGUUGUGCCACACCAAUUAGUUUUUGUUCUAGGAAUGUUGGCCCAAAAAGGAAGCCAGUGAAUUGAUUUGAUUUAAAAUUUAGAGAACUAGCAAAACAGAGUUUGAUUUGUGUUUAAGUUUGUUUUUGCAUUGGUUUGUUAUUUGUUUCUGCCAUAAAAUGUAUAUGUAUAUCUGUAUAUGCAUUGCAUUUUAUUACAAUAAAAAAG